AUGCCUGAAUCUGUGGCCAUGGAAAUCUACCUCAACGGUCCGAAGGAGUUACCUGACGUCUGGGCAGGGCAGGGAACGCAGGGGGCACAGAGCAACCAGAAUUGA